AUAUUUAAUGAAUUCAGAAAAAAAAAGAUUAAUUGAAAAAUGUAUUAAUUAUAUGGAAGUUCCAAUAAAAAAAAAUCAAGUUGACCUUGCAUCCCGAUAACAAAUGAAGCAAAAAGAAUUUUUUUGACGAAUAAUUAGAGCACAACUUCUUGUACACCUAUACUUAAUUUCAGUUGAUUUGUACAAUUGGUUCUCAAGAUAUUUAACCAUGUCCAUACAUUACAGUGACCUGUUUAUUCCGUCUACCUUGAAGUACGAUAUAAUAAGUUCAGAUUUUUCGAAAAAUUUAUAGAGUUUGAUUAUAUGUUACAAUAAAGGUAGGUAUGUAAUGUUAAAGUACAGCAAAGAAGCGUGCCUACGCGUUUGUUUUAAAUUUCGUGAUGACAUCAUCAAUCAAUCAAGGACACGCACUUCAAUUUGAACAGAUACAAUGUAAUAAACAGAAUUGUAUUCGAAUUUUCGAAAAAGUGGAAUGAGGCGUUUCUGAUUUAAUCAACAAAAUCACACCAGGUCUCGUUGGUUGCAAACACGGCCCUGUGAUGUUCAAUCAAAUAUACGUACCAUUGAUUUAAGUUGUAAAAUUUUAUUAUUAAGUAUAUAUUUUCACUGAUCGUAUUACAGGUACCUGAUUUAAAGUGAAGGCGAAAACAAAUACUGACAAGCUAAUUUACGGGAAUUCCAUUUGAGGCGCCCAGUAGUAGGAGCAUUAUUUGUUUAUAAACGAAGAGAGUUGAAAGGGUAAUCAAAGCGCGGUAUCACACAUUUUUUCAAACAUCUUCUCUCCUCUCAUUCUACCUUCCUGGCGGAAUUCUGCGACUCUCAACGCGCAGUCUAUUUAAUAUUUUUAGAUGCUGGAUCGCAGCUGUGUUCCACAGCCUCAAUAAUGUCUAACCUCUGAUUCACAGCGGCACAGCCGCAGUGUUCAAGUUGCGACCUUGCGAUGUAGAUAAUACGUCGCUGAUAAUAAAAAUGUUGAGUUAUUUCUUUCGUCAUUACUUGCAAAAUACAUCAUCCAUGGCCCCUUUAGUAUUCUUUCUUUGCUUUAAGUCUUCCUAAGUGCUAUCGAACCAUGGAGACAUUUAAAAAAAGAUCAGGUACAACCAACAAAGGUAUUGAUUAUGAAAAUUUGAACAUCGCCAACAUCGGAUUCAAUUGGGUCCUUGAUAAUCAAAUCGAAGAUUUUUAUUUAUCCUCUAAUGAUGAAAACUAUGGUGCAUUUGAUGAUAUUGUUAUAAAAGUUACAUCAGCAACAGGUAGCAAUGUUUCUGCUAUACAACUUAAACAUAACGAUCGAGGUACAUUAUCCAUAAAAAAACUCAAACAAGAAAACGGAGAUUUUAGCAUAAAAAAAUAUUUCACUUCUGUUCAAAGUAUAAACUGCCAUGUAGAUAAUUUUAUUUUAUAUACUAAUCUUAAGUUCACCGUUACGAAAAAUACACAAUUUUGGCUUGACGGUGAAGAUUUUCAAAUUGGGUUGUCUCCAUUUCAACCGAAAGAUAAAAUUUUUCAGAUAUCUGAUAAAUUAAAUCAUUGUUAUAGGUUUCAUGUUGUUGAAGAUGACUAUACAUACGAUUACUCUCCAGAUAUUUUAAUGUACAAACACUUUUUUGAGAAAUUUUGUUUGUUUGUUAAUCAAGAUAAUCUUAAAACUCUUGAAACAAAAAUUGUCGAGAAGUUUAAAAAAUUAUAUCUCGCAAAUCAAACCGAAUGUGAUGCAUUUUUGAAAAUGAUAUCCAGGUGGAGUCAACAGCAAGGCGAGAAACAUAAACUGUGUAAAAAUUGGAUGCAACGUGCCAUUGCACUUACGCUUUUAUCUUCUCGAAUUAAACCGUUGUCCUUUGGUAGUAGUGUAAAUAAGAAUAUGAAAAUUCUACGAGAGGCAAUUUCUGCUUUCACGGUUACGGUGUUUGAAAAUAAUAGUUAUCAUAAAAUUAAAGACUUAUGGGGCGAUGCUGUGACUCGGGUUAAAGAUACCAAACAAUUAAAUAAAACGCGAGAAAUGUAUCACCUAAGCCCAUAUUAUAUUAAAACUCUUGACGAUGUAGAUUUUAAUUUAUUAAGCACAUUAUUGUGGUUGAACGGUACAUGUCCAAUAAUUGUAACGGAGGGUGCAGUCAUUCACAAAGUCAUUACGUUGUGUCCAGAGGCUAAGUUUAUUGUUCUUGGAGACGAUGUUAAUGAAAAAUUUACUAAUUACGACUGUUCAGUUUUUCGAAAUUUAUCGGACUUAAAGACAUCAUCCAGAGAUAGUGUUCUUGAAACGUUUAAUUUGUCUAUUCAGGGAAAAGAAGAAGUCAGCUUAAAAAAUGCAUUUAGUCUUGAUUAUAUUGAUGCUAUCAGAACAAGCUAUUUGGUGGAAAUGUUGAACGAACCAUAUGCUGUAGGGGGGCUGCAAGAAAAUCUUCCGAACCCAUACAUCGAGAGGUAUUUAUGGAAAAAUGUAGUAACUUUCAAGUAUUUUGAAAAGAAUGAUGAAAACACUUUAACUGUCGUAGAUUGCGUGCAAGAAAUUGAUUCAUUGAAGCGAAAAUUAAAGAACUGCAGAAUUCAUAAUAUCGAAGACUACCUAAAUGAAAGCAAUACAAGCACUGAACGGAGCGAAACAGCAGAAAGUGGUACUUCCAGAAUCAGCGUUUUCAUUACUACAAACGCGUGCCAAAAAAUGCAGUUUGAAGCGAUUUGCGACAAAAAUAAAGACUUGAAAAACUACCAUCACUUGAGAUUUAUAGAUGCCGACAAUUUUGAAUGGAUUCAAAGUAAGUGUAAUGUAAGCAGUUUGGAAGAAUAUAAAAUAACUGAUUUCAUUUUAACAGAAAAAGAGAUGUUGUGUACAAAACUUGAGAACAAUAUAAAUUUGAUAGUGAGUAAUCCCGGAAUGGGAAAGUCUGAAUUAAUGAAAAGUUUAAAAAACACUUCUCCUCCAGAAAUUUGGACCAUCAUGAUGAACCCCACAGAUAUGUGUCUUUUUUCCAAAUAUCUUACUAGUAAUAAUCAAUCUGCCAACUUAGAGACUUUGCAAAAUUUUCUUUUAUAUGAAAAAUACAGAUGCAUGGAUGAAGGAGCGAAACAUUUUUUGCAAGUAUUUAUUAAACAGAACCAAGUGUAUUACAUUUGGGAUGCCCUGGACGAAAUUCCCGCUGAAUCUGUUGAAACGAUUACAAGUUUGAUUGUUGAGCUUUCCAAAGCAAACCACGUCCAGUGGAUAACAAGUCGAUUUCAACUGAAACAUUUAUUAGAGAAUAAAUUUAAUGUGCUUUCCACAAAUUUAUGUCAAUUCAGUGAACAAGAGCAAAUUACUUACAUUAAAAAACGUCUUGAAAACGUUGAUACAACCGAAGAAGUUGACCAAAUUAUAAGCACAGUUCGGUCCUCAUUUGUACUAGUUGAACAUACAGAAAUCUUGGGUAUACCUUUACAAAUCUUUAUGCUCACAAAUUUGCUUCGACAAGAUAUAAACAAAUAUUUCAAACUUCUUUGUAAUAUAUUUAUUUUGACUGAUUUAUACCACUAUUUUGUGGAAGAAAAGAUGAAGCUCUACUUUGAGAAAACCGUGGGUGGGGAUUUUAAAAAUUCCUUAUAUGAAUCAGCGAUAAAAAUAUUAGAAACUGCAAUUCUCAAUUACCAUCAAAACUUAGCCCUUAGAACAUUAUUUUCUGUAGAAUUCUUAAAAAAACUGAAUUUCGAUAUUGAAAAUAAUGUCGAGGAUUCUAAAGAAGAAUUCAUUUCGGUUGGUUUAUUAACAAAAAUAAUAUCUAAGCCGGCUAAUUUCAUUCAUAACUCUUUUGCGGAAUAUUUCGCAGCGCUUUAUUUCUCUCAAAAUCAGCGGCUUUCAUCUAUUUUUGUAGAUGUUAUUUUUGAACCCAGAUAUGUAAAUGUACGUUUUUUUUUCGAUUUGCUGUUGGCAAAAGAAUCACCACCUCAUGUGGCAGUAUUAUACAAGAACAUAAAUUUAUUGGAGAAGUAUGAACAUCAAAUUGGCAGCGGUACAGAUGCCGGUGAUCGGAGUGUCUUACAUGUAGCUUCUUCUUGGGGACAGAGACAUCCUCGACUGGAUGUUACUACAACUGCUGACGCUUACAUCGUAGAUGAUUCAGGUGUUCCUAAUGUUGAGGCUGAAAAGACGGAAGAUUUAAAUAUCUUAAAUUAUUUACUAAACACCUGUGAUUUAUCUCAGUGCGAUAUGUUAUUCAAAAUGACGCCGUUGUUGUACGCCCGAAAAAGCAACAGUCUCGUCAUAGAAUUUAAGAUUUUAAAACAAUUGAAAAAAAAAUUAUUGGACCUACCUGUCGAGCAUAUAAUAAACUUAUUAUAUUAUACAGCUGUUUGUGGAUAUGAUGAUGUAAUAGACCACCUAAAUUUAGAAGUAUCAAAUUUUAGUAGUAGACAAGAUGCAGAACUAUUAAAACUUGAGAAAAAGGUCUUAGAUGCCAGAAAUAUCGUGAACAAGACUCUCCUUCACCUAGCAUCUGCUAGACAAUUUGAGAAAGUUGUUAAAUUUUUAGUGAUCCAAGGUACUAGUAUAGAAGCUUCUGAUACUGAGGGAGCUACAGCUCUUUACUUUGCAAGUCAAGGGGGUUACUACAAAAUUGUAGAAUUUUUAGUCACAGCGGGUGCAGAAAUUAAUCGCGAGAAAGUGAACGGUGUUACAGCUCUUUUUGUAGCUUCUCAGUAUGGACACAUCAAGGUUGUAGAAUGUCUACUUGGGCUAGGCGCAGACCCAAACCAACAGAGAGAUAUUGGCGCAACACCUCUUCACGUAGCUUGUGAAUUCGGACACGACGAAAUUGUAGAACUUUUAGUAACAUCGGGCGCAGAAAUUAAUCUCGCGAGGUUGGACGGUGUUACGCCUCUUUAUACAGCUUCUCAUUGUGGACAAAUCAAGAUUGUAAAACGUCUGCUUGCGUUAGGUGCAAACGUAAACCAGUCUACAGAUAUCGGCGCAACACCUCUUCAUAUAGCUUGUGAAUAUGGACACGAAGAGAUUAUUGUAUAUUUAGUAAUGUCAGGUGCCGAGAUUAAUCGUGGCAGAAAGGACGGUGUUACUCCUCUUUUUACAGCUACUCAGUUUGGAGAAACGAAGAUCGCGAGACGUCUUCUUGCGCUAGGAGCAGACCCAAACCAACAGAGAGAUAUUGGCGCAACACCUCUUCACGUAGCUUCUGAAUUCGGACACGAAGAGAUUAUUGAAUGCUUAGUAACGUCAGGUGCCGCGAUUAAUUGUGAGAGGUUGGACGGAAUUACGCCUCUUUUUACAGCUUGUCAGUUUGGACAAACGAAGAUCGCAGGACGGCUUCUUGCGCUAGGCGCAGACCCAAACCAACAAAGAGAUAUUGGCGCAACAUCUCUUCACGUAGCCUGUGAAUUCGGACACGAAGAGAUUGUAAAACUUUUAGUAACAUCGGGCGCAGAAAUUAAUCUCGCGAGGUUGGACGGUGUUACACCUCUUUAUACAGCUUCUUAUUGUGGACAAAUCAAGGUUGUAGAAUGUCUGCUUGCGUUAGGUGCAAACAUAAACCAGUCUAGAGAUACCGGCGCAACACCUCUUCACAUAGCUUGCGAAUUCGGACACGAAGAAAUUAUAGAAAUUUUAGUUGCAUCGGGUGCCGAAAUUAAUCGCAGCAGAGUGGACGAUGUUACACCUUUUUUUGUAGCUUGUGAGUUUGGACAUAUUAAGGUUGUAGAACGUCUACUUGCGUUGGGUGCACAUAUAAAUCAAGCAGACAAUACAGGUGUCACACCUCUUUACAUAGCUUGUGAAAAAGGAUACGAAAAUGUUGUAGAAAUUUUAGUUGCAUCAGGUGCCGAUAUUAAUUUAGUGACAUGUUUUGACCGCUCACCACUCUCAGUUGCUUUAGAAAAAAAGCAUGACAAAAUUGUUCAAAUUUUGAAAGGAUGGAUUAAUUCAGGUAAAAUGAAGUCUAAUUAAUCUGUGGGUAAAAGUAAAUGUAGUGUGGUUUGAAAACCGAACUGACCAAAAAUAGCUCGCUGUUUGCGGUAAAAUACGAAAAGCCAAAAAUAUUUCUGCCAUGUUGUGUUAUUUAAUUUUUAAAUUAAAUUUAAUUAUUUUAUUUGCGUUCUAUGUAAAACUAUUUAUUUUAUGUACACGAAAUAACAUUUGGUUUUCUAUAAUAUUACAUUUUUCUUUAUAUAAAAAAAUAUAUGACCGUAAUAAUGUGUUACAAAUUUUUCGUUAAUAGAAUGAAAACUAAUAAUAAAUUGAUUUUAAAUUUUUAAAAUAGAGGUGCAUCAUUAUUAUUCAGUUAAAAAAUUUUGCUUGCCGAAUUCAGUGAUGUAAACAGUAGAAACAUUGUUAAAACAGAGGCUAACUAAAUAUCAUCACUUAUUGCCAGUUUUUAUCAUUAGGUAUUAUUUGGGAGAAAAGUUUUUGAGACGAUUUUCUGCUGAUAAUCUGAAGACCCAAACAUAUUAGUGGCUAUAUAUGGAAUAUUUUCGUACCACGAAGGACCAAUCUGCUUACUAGUUAGCACAGAUAACUAUUUGUACACUUGCACAUUGAGGCCACAAUCAUCUCAUCUUUAGGGAGUUGUAACCGAAAAAAUCCGUAUCAAAAAAUCAAAGAAGAUAAUACUACUGAAUCAAGAUGGGGAGUUGUUUUAAUCCGUAAUCGCUACUAUUUCUUUCUCAAAUUGUCGACGUAUACAAUUCGUUGUAUAAAGAACUUUUUGUAAAAAAAUGUACGAUUCAGAGAAAAACAGUAUUAAAACGUUUCAGUUCAUGAUAAGAUUUGAUGUAAACGAAAAUAGCUUCAAGACGAUUUUACCUAUUUUGUGACAAAAUUUGGACACUUUAAUGGAAUGGUACGUAUGUCAUUCUCUUAGGCUGUAAUUGGCCCUGAGAAAAUAUGUACUUUGUACAAAAGAAUUUCUGGAGCAAGUGGAAGGCUAUUGCUCUAUUAACUUUAUCCUUAUUUUUGUCAACGACUACAUUUGAUGAAAAUUUAAGAAACAACGCUAACAAUUUGUUUCUUGAUACCUACUCGAAUUGAGUGAUUUAAUUAUUUGUGUCUAGGCUGACGUAGCCUGUAGGUGAAAUCGUCGCCACAUUAUUCUCAUUCUUAAUAGGUUGAUGAAGUGUUUCCUGUUUUCUUUCCAUAAAUCAUAACUGGAUUCUAACUGUUUGGUGUAUUUUAUAGUAAGUAAAAUGUAAUUGGUGCCAUAAUUUAAGACAAAUUAGUUUAAAGAGUUUCAUGUAUUUCAUUCGUUGAAAUAUUAAGUACCUGCUACUACUAAAAUAUAAACAA